ACACGAAGAUACAGUUCAACAUUUCAAGAUAUUAACAGACUCCAACAACAAGUUUUAUAUUUGGCCAAACUCUGUUUUCUUCUCCAUAAACCAACUUGUAGAAAAAUAUCAUACAGAAAACGUAUCUGGGGACCCAAAGAAAGUUAUACAUCUACGAGACACUCGGCAAGAGAAAUAUGAAGCCUUGUACGACUUUACACCCGCCAAUGCAGAAGAGGUUGAAUUGAAGAAAGGGGACAUCAUCCUGCUGAUUGCCAAAAGUGAUCCCAACUGGUGGGAAGGUGAAGUGCGUGGCAAGAAAGGCUUCUUUCCGAAAAAUUACGUCAGAGAGCUGAAGUAA